AUGGAGUUUAAUAUGCUUGGUUCUGGCAUGAAGAACAAGAUUGUGAGUGAGCAUAAUGGUGCUGAGAUUAUCACACUAGACUGUUGGAGACCGAGCAAGCCAGUGAGCUUGAAGCGAAUUAUGCAUAAAUUAGAACACUUUGCUUACAUAUUAGGGAAAUUGCUUCUGAAUAAGAGAAGAGAUAGCCUGAGGAUCACUUCUAGUGAUGAUGAUAAUAUCAUCCACAUACAUCAGAAUAAUGAUGACAAUUUUGUCGUGAAUGACAUUGAGAAUCAAUUUGAUAUUGAAAGUAAUGAGAAUGAGAAAACUUCAAGUACUGUGAAUGAAAAUGAAGAAUUGAAUCAAACUGUUAAUGAGAAUGAGAAAAGUUCAAGUGAUGUGAAUGAAAAUGAAGAACUGAAUCAAACAGUGAAUGAGAAUGAGAAAAUUUCAAGUGGUGUAUUCAACUUUCCUUUUGAUAUUGAUGAUCCAGGAAAUUGGGAUAGGAUUGGUCAUAUUAAUAUGACAAAUUUUAUAGUUGAAAGAGGUCCAAAAAGAGUCAUUAAGGAUGAGUUUACUAGGGAUGCUUUCGGUAGGAAUUUUUCUUCGUGGCAUUAUAUUAGAGAAUUACCAAAUGGAGAGAAACAAGAUAGGAAGUGGUUGAUUUAUUCAGUUUCUUUAGAUAAAGUAUUUUGUUUUUGUUGUAAAUUGUUUGCAACAAAGAAGCAUCUUGUGGGUUUUUUAGCUGAGGGAGGUUUUAAUGACUGGCAUAAUAUUUCUGAUCGAUUAAAAAGUCAUGAACGAAGUAUACAACAUAUUGAGUCAAUUGCUAGUUGGGUGGAAUUAGAAAAACGACUGAAAAUGAAGUUAACAAUUGAUGCAAGUUUAGAAGAACAAAUUAAUCAAGAGAAAAAACAUUGGAAACAAGUGUUAGAGAGAAUUCUGGCUAUUGUAAAAAGAUUUGGGCAAAAUAAUUUGGCAUUUCGAGGAGAUCGUGAAAAACUAUAUGAGAAAAACAAUGGGAAUUUCUUACAAAUUAUAGAAUUACUAGCUGAAUUUGAUUCAACUAUGCAAGAACAUGUUCGUCGUAUUUUAAGAGGUGAGACUCAUUAUCAUUAUUUGAGUCACAAGAUUCAAAAUGAAAUGAUACAACUUCUGGCAACUGAGGUGAAAAGCUCGAUAAUUAGUAGAAUUAAAGAAGCAAAAUAUUUUUCAGUCAUACUAGAUUGUACUCCAGAUGCAAGUAAUGAUGAACAGAUGUCUCUUGUUUUAAGAUGUGUGAAUGUUUCAGAAAGUCCAAUAUUUGUUGAUGAGUAUUUUCUAGGAUUCAUAAAAGUUCAUGACACAUCAGGGCUUGGUUUGCUUAAUGAACUUUUAGAUGCGUUGAAUAUUCUUGGACUUGAUGUUGAUAAUAUAAGAGGACAAGGAUAUGACAAUGGAUCUAAUAUGAGAGGAAAGAAUAAAGGUGUACAAACUAGGCUACUUGAAAUGAAUCCUAGAGCAUUUUACACUCCUUGUGCCUGUCAUUCUCUAAAUCUUUUACUUUCUGAUAUGGCUCAUUGUUGUCCCAAGGCUGUAUCUUUUUUUGGUGUGGAAAGUCGUGUUGACAGUGUUAAAGCAAUAAGAUUCCAAGCUCCACAAAUAAAAGAAGCUUUAGAUUACUUGGCAGAGAGUAAUGAAGAUGCCAAAACAAGAAGUGAUGCUGAGACUUUAGCAACAUAUAAUAUUCAUAAUUUUGAGUUCUUGGUGAGCAUGGUUAUUUGGUAUGAUUUGUUGUUUGCUGUUAAUAUUGCUAGCAAGAUCCUACAAAAUGAAGAUAUGCAAAUUGAUGUUGCUAUCAAAGAGUUAAAGAUUCUACUUUCAUUUCUUCAAAAGUAUAGAGAAACUGGUUUUGAGAAUGCUUUGACUAAAGCUACUGAGAUUGCAAGUAUGAUGGAAGUUGAACCUGUGUUUAUUGAAAAACGAAAAGUUUACAGGAAAAAGUAA